AUGUCAUUUUCUCCAUCUUUACCAUCCAUCUCUUCUCUUCACGGUGCUGAUGAUAAGACUAUCGAAUCUGUGCUUGACUUGCUCUUUGAACCGUCUGCAGAUCUACACGCACUCACUAUUGCUGCGAUUCGCGAUGGCCCGCCCUUUACUUCAUAUUCAACCCUUAUCGAGUAUGUUGGUACUCUCAUGUCUCGUUUAACGCAAUCUCCAAAACCACCAAAUGCCCAGGCCAUGCUCCACGGCAUCUUAGGUUCGCAUCCGCGACUAGGUGAAAAGAAGGUCGACAGCGCUCAGAGCCGAGCCGAGCAAGCGCAUUUAAACACUUCAGGCGCUUCUCAGGAAAAGGAAGAGGAAGCCGCAAAGCUCAAGAUGCUCAAUGACGAAUAUGAGACUCGAUACCCCGGUCUGCGAUACGUAGUGUUUGUUAAUGGUCGAAGUCGUAUCGUCGUGAUGCAGAACAUGCGUGAGCGCAUCGACCGUGGGGAUAUCCAGCUUGAGGAAAAAGAAGCCAUCCAGGCGAUGGUUGACAUUGCUUUGGAUCGUGCCAAGAAGCUGGAGGCUCCUAAGUGA